CCUCAAUGCUGUCAGGGCCAACAGGGGUUCCCUCACCCUCAGUGCUGUCAGGGCCAACAGGGGCUCCCUCACCCUCAGUGCUGUCAGGGCCAACAGGGGCUCCCUCACCCUCAGUGCUGUCAGGGCCAACAGGGGCUCCCUCACCCUCAGUGCUGUCAGGGCCAACAGGGGCUCCCUCAGUGCUGUCUGGGCCAACAGGACAGACUAACACACGCCUGACGGCUGCCGGCAGGCCCCUGACUCACAAGGCCAGAAGCACAGAGAUCUACUCGGAGACGGUGGAGGCCCUGAAAGACAUUGGCAAACUGAAGGAGAGGUUCAGCAAGCUGGAAGCUUGUGUUGAGGCGGUGGAGGAAGGAAAGGUGGACAAGUCACAACUGAAACAGCUCAUCACUAACAAGGAUUCAUUUGAUGAGUCGAAUAACCUGACGGAUCAACUGAACCAGCUGAAAGCUUUAGUUGACAACCUGAUGAGUGACCGGGAAAAGGACAAAUUUAUGAACCUAACGAGCCCAGACAGGAAAGACACCUCAGAGGCAGCUUCAGGAAGCAAGGAGCUCAGACAGCCAAAUUCCGACCUCAGGAUUACCAUGCAGAAGCUGGAGGAGGACGUGACUCAGCUGAAGGAUAAACAGGCUUUAACUGUGGGGAGAGCAACAGAACGAGACCUACAAGAUCAGCUGGACAACCUGCGAGGCAUGUUGGAUGACGUGAUGCAGUCCUUGACCUCUCAACUGACUCUCAACCUCUCCGAGGCUGGGCAGGAUGAGAGCGAUGAUAUCCAGGGCCUCUAUCAGAGGAAAGAGAGGUCAGCUUCCAGACACAGCAUAGUGGACACUGGCAGGCGGAUCAGCGUUCUGUACCAGCACUAUGAGGAGCUGCAGGAUUCAGUGAACAGCCUUCUCCAGCAGCAGACUGGAGCCACAACAGGGCCACUGAAGGACAGAGAGGUGUUUGUGUCUCGGAAUGUGGAGCUGGGGAGCGAUGUGAAGGAGGAGAUCCUGCAGCUUCAAGUCGACUGUGUAAAGCUGCAUGAAACCACCAGAUGUCUGCAAGACGACAACAGACAGAAACAGAGCCACAUAGAGGAGCUCUACAAGACGACGGAAGAGCUGCAAGAAAACUUACUGUGGAUAGAACAAGAAAGAGUCAGACAGAAGAAUGCAGAUAAAAGUGAUAAAGUGACCUGUAUGCAGUUUGACUCUGCGAUAGAGCAGCUCUAUGCCAUGUUCCACGAGGUGCUGAACAAGGUGACCGAACAGGAGCAGGACUGGCACAAAGUCAUUGACAGAAUCUCCACAGAGAUGGAGAAUAAGUUGAACAGGAUUGAGUUGGAAUCUGUGAAGAAGCAGCUGGAGGGUCGCUGGAAGAGCAUCCAACAGAAACUGAGGGCUCAGGAAGCUCCACAGCACGAGGGCGCUGCUGGUAUCAGAAAACAACUCGUGGACGGAUUUCACUGCAUCUCCUGUGACCGACCUGUUAUCAUGCACACCUUCGGACAGCGUCUGGUGAAACAACCGAUUUCUGGAUUUCCCUCACGCCAGUCCAUCAAGCCCAAGCAGAUCUAUAAGCUGUCGGACUACACUCACCUGCCUGCGUCGCGGAACAGCGGGGGGAGUCACACGGUCACCUCGUCCAGCCAGCGACGCAGCGGCCUGUACAUGAAUCCCCACACCCAGACUGACAUGCCCGGAGUCAUUCAGUCGGAGGUUGAUGUCCUCGGACAGGAUGGGAAUAUUUACAAAGGUCGCCUGUACUCACCUGCCAUCAGAAAUAUAGAAACUAAACUACCUACAAUCACUACCAAAGACGGCAUGUGCAAAACUAAAGACAUGGUCAAGCGCUCCCUGUCCCACAAACCUACUGUUUCUCUAGGGGUUCAUCAACCCCACAGUGCCAAGAGUUCCCAGAGCAGCCGCUCAGCUUCCAUCUCCUCCGGGCGGGACUGGCUCGCGUCGGCUCUCAGCUGCACGUCUCGGAGCUCCAUCAUUCCAACUUCACCUGCGGCAGAGAGCAACACAGAGUCUCAUGCUGACGAGUCGCUCAACCUGUAGGGGGUGACACUCAGCCCUGUACUGUUUUUCAUAUGUCAAUAAAUCCUGCAGAGAGAAGGUAA